CUGAUGCCACAUGGCAGGCUGCCGGUGGACUGUCGAAUGCUGCUGUUGGAACAUUCCAGAUAUAACUGGGGAUUAUUUAAAUUGAGCAAGAAUCUGCUGUUAUCUUGCAAAUCACUCCAUCAUCAUGACUGCACAACUGACUUGGCUGGUGACUGGCUGCUCCUCGGGCCUGGGCGAGGCUUUUGUCCACGCCAUUCUUAAUAAAGGCGACCAAGUCAUUGCUACAGCACGGCCAGGCAAAGAUGGCAGUGGCGCAGAACGCCUCUCUGCCCUGAAAGACGCUGGAGCAGCUGUGAUGGAGUUGGAUGUCACUGCACCGCAAGAAGAGCUCAACCAGAAAGCCCAAGAGGCAUGGGAAAUAUACGGAAAAGUCGACGUGCUCGUCAACAAUGCUGGGUAUAUCGAGGCUGGGGUUUUGGAAGAGCUCGACGAGGAAACACUCACCCGAUGUCUCCGUGUGAAUACACUCGGUCCAUUGAAUCUGACACGCGCCUUUCUGCCUUUGAUGCGGGCUCGACAGACCGGCACUCUGCUCUUCGUCGGCUCGAUCGGACCUUACUUUGGCGCCCACGGAGCCUCGUCGUACGUUGGAUCCAAAGGGCUCCUCGAAGGAAUCGUGCCCAAUCUGGCCCUGGAAGUCGCUCCCUUUGGCCUGCGCACGUCGAUCCUGACUUUUGGCCACUUCCGCACGGCCGUCAUGGCACCGGGUGUCAUCCAGUACCGUGCUCCUCGCCAGCUGCCCGAAUAUGCCGAGAUGAACAAGCUCAUCAGCGGCGGAUGUGCGGCCACCAAUGGCAACCAGCCCGGCGAUCCUCGAAAGGGCUGCGAACUGGUCGUUGACGCCGUCAGGGGCGAGGGCAGAUGUGCCGGGAAAGAGUUGCCGCUACGACUGCCCAUUGGGGCUGAUGCAUUGCAGUGUAUCCGACAGAGCUGCGAGGAGAGAAUGCAGAUCUGCGAUGAGUGGGAUGGAAUUGCAUCGCAGACUGACUUUGACGAUCUGACUGCGGAUGCUAAAUAAACCAGUUCUAUCGAAGGAUAUUUGGGUAUAUAUUUUAUC